UGCGUUUAGGUUCGCCGGAACUCCGUGCUCCCGCCUUCUGCUUCCGGUUUGGAGCCAUGGCGGUGGCAAAUUCUAGCCCUGUCAACCCCGUAGUGUUCUUUGAUGUCAGCAUUGGUGGCCAGGAAGUUGGCCGCAUGAAAAUCGAGCUCUUUGCAGACGUUGUGCCUAAAACAGCAGAGAACUUUAGACAAUUCUGCACUGGAGAAUUCAGAAAAGAUGGGGUUCCAAUAGGAUACAAAGGGAGCACCUUCCACAGGGUUAUAAAGGAUUUCAUGAUUCAGGGUGGUGAUUUUGUUAAUGGAGAUGGUACUGGAGUUGCCAGUAUUUACCGGGGGCCAUUUGCAGAUGAAAAUUUUAAACUUAGACACUCUGCUCCAGGCCUGCUUUCCAUGGCAAACAGUGGUCCCAGUACAAAUGGCUGUCAAUUCUUUAUCACCUGCUCUAAGUGCGAUUGGCUGGAUGGAAAGCAUGUAGUGUUUGGAAAAAUCAUUGAUGGACUUCUAGUGAUGAGAAAGAUUGAGAAUGUUCCCACAGGCCCCAACAAUAAGCCCAAGCUGCCUGUGGUGAUCUCACAGUGUGGGGAAAUGUAGUCCCGACCAAUAAUGAACCAGGCCUUCCAUGGCUAUGGGUGAUGUUCUCAAGUAAGAGAAUGUGGACUGCCCUCUGUGUUUCCCUGCCUGCUGCUGCCUAUUUGAUCAAGAGACCCUGGAAGUAGCACAGAUUCAGAACCUAAGAUCGUGUUAAAGUUUUCAACUGUAAAUAAAGUUUUUUAUGAUUUUUUUGGUA